AUGGCUCGCACUAUACAAGAGACCCUCGCCUCGGGGUCCCCUAGCGAUGCAGCAAGCCCCCAGAAGCCAGUAGAGUAUGUGGAAACCGUCGAGGCAUACAACAGAUGGGCGGAGGUCUAUGACACAGACGGCAACUUCCUACAGGCCCUCGACACCAUUGAAAUGCAACAACUACUACCGCAACUCUUGAAGAAAGUAACCGCCAGCACACAGGCCGGCCCGGCAAAACUAGUCGACUUGGGCUGUGGCACAGGUCGGAAUACUCGCCAGCUACUGAAAUUCGCGCCCGAAGAUGCUCAUAUCGUCGGGCUGGAUGCUUCGCCGGGAAUGCUGGACGUUGCUCGGACUACGGUCGACAAGGAGAAAAAAUCGGAUCCUUCUCUUGCUAAUAGGCUCGGCGCGGCUGGUGUGAUUUCCACCCUGGUUUUGGAGCAUAUCCCUGUGGAUCAAUUCUUUGAGGGCGCCGCGGCGGUGAUGAGACCUGGGGGGUAUUUUCUUUUGACCAAUAUGCAUUCGGAGAUGGGGUCGAUUAGCCAGGCGGGGUUUGUGGAUACAGCGACUGGGACGAAGAUUCGACCGACUAGUUAUUCUCACACGAUUGAGGAGGUGUUAGAUGCCGCUCAGAAGGCGGGAUUCGAGGUUGAAGAGUUGGGCGGGGAGCGUGUCCGCGAGAGAAAGGUGAAUGAGAUGAUGGCAAAAGACUUGGGUACAAGAGCGAAUAAAUGGAUUGGUGUCACGGUGUGGUUUGGAAUUUGCUUUAGAAAGCGGUCGUGA